UUAGGUGCAAUGAUGAAGAGUUUUUUCCUACUUGUGACUAUCAUGGCAUUAACCCUGCCUUUUUUGAGUGCAGAGGCGCAAAACCAGGAACAAUCAACACGCUGUGAGAAUGGUGAAAGAUUGUUCAAUGAAAAAACAAUAAAAUAUAUUCCAAUUCGUUAUGUGCUGAGUAGGUAUCCUAGUUAUGGACUCAAUUACUACCAGCACAGACUAGCUGCACUAAUUAAUAACCAAUUUAUGCCUUACCCAUAUUAUGCAAAGCCAGUUGCAGUUAGGCCACAUGCCCAAAUUCCUCAAUGGCAAUUCCUGCCAAAUAUCCACCCACCUACUGCAGCACAUCACCCACACCCACGUCCAUCAUUUAUUGCCAUUCCACCAAAGAAAACUCAGGAUAAAACAGUCAUCCCUAUCAUCAAUACCAUUGCUACUGCUGAGCCUACACUUAUACCUACCACUGAACCAAUAGUGAACACUGUAGUUACUCCAGAAGCUUCCUCAGAAUUCAUCACGAGUACACCUGAGACCACCACAGUCCAAGUUACUUCACCUGUGGUCUAA